AUGAAAUUUUUGAUUAGAAAACAAAUAGUUUGCAUGGCAAAAUCACUUAUGUGAAUCUUUGAGACAUUUGUUUUUUCUAAUUGAAAUCAAAAUGGUUUUGGCCGAUUUGGGCCGAAAGAUCACUUCAGCCCUUCGGGGCUUGAACAAUGCUAGUGUAAUCAAUGAAGAAGUUUUAAACUCUAUGCUUAAAGAUAUUUGUGCAGCACUUCUCGAAGCUAAUGUAAAUGUUAUGCUAGUUAAAAAAUUAAGAGAAAAUGUUCGUAAUGUUAUUGAUUUUGAUGAAAUGGCUGGUGGCCUUAAUAAAAGGCGCAUGAUACAAAGUGCAGUAUUUAAAGAAUUAGUUAAAUUAGUUGAUCCAGGAGUAAAAUCAUAUCAACCUGUCAAGGGACGCCCUAAUAUUAUAAUGUUUGUAGGGUUACAAGGUUCUGGUAAAACAACAACUUGUACUAAAUUAGCAUAUUAUUAUUUAAAAAAAAAUUGGAAAACUUGUCUUGUUUGUGCUGAUACUUUUCGAGCUGGAGCAUAUGACCAAUUGAAACAAAAUGCUACAAAAGCACAAAUUCCAUUUUAUGGAAGCUACACAGAAGUUGAUCCUGUUGUUAUAGCUCAAGAUGGUGUAGACAUGUUUAAAAAAGAAGGUUUUGAAAUUAUUGUUGUUGAUACUAGUGGACGCCAUAAACAAGAAGCAUCAUUAUUUGAAGAAAUGUUGCAAGUUUCUAAUACUAUUAAACCAGAUAACAUUGUUUUUGUGAUGGAUGCAACAAUAGGUCAAGCUUGUGAAGGCCAAGCAAAAGCUUUUAAAGAAAAAGUUAAUAUUGGUUCUGUAGUAAUCACUAAACUUGAUGGUCAUGCCAAAGGAGGAGGAGCUCUCAGCGCCGUUGCUGCUACUAAAAGUCCAAUUAUAUUUAUUGGUACUGGUGAACACAUUGACGAUUUUGAACCUUUUAAGACUAAGCCAUUUGUAUCAAAAUUACUUGGUAUGGGUGAUAUAGAAGGUCUUAUUGACAAAGUAAAUGAACUUAAACUAGAAGAUAAUGAAGAAUUAAUAGAAAAAAUUAAACAUGGUCAGUUUACUAUUCGUGAUAUGUAUGAACAAUUUCAAAAUAUUAUGAAAAUGGGACCAUUUUCUCAAAUAAUGGGUAUGAUACCUGGUUUCAGUCAAGAUUUCCUUUCAAAAGGAAGUGAAAUUGAGUCAAUGGCACGGUUAAAAAAGCUUAUGACAAUAAUGGAUAGUAUGAAUGAUGGAGAAUUGGACCAUAGAGAUGGAGCAAAACUAUUUACUAAACAACCUGGUAGGAUUAUCAGGGUAUCACAAGGAGCUGGUGUAACUGAGCGUGAAGUAAGAGAACUGAUAUCACAGUAUACCAAAUUUGCUGGGGUUGUAAAAAAAAUGGGUGGCAUUAAAGGACUUUUUAAGACUGGUGAUAUGUCUAAAAAUGUAAACCCAUCUCAAAUGGCCAAACUUAAUCAACAAAUAACCAAAAUGAUGGAUCCAAGAGUUUUACAACAAAUAGGUGGUAUGCCAGGAUUACAGAAUGUUAUGAGACAGUUACAACAAGGUGCUGGCGGUGGUUUAGGAAAUUUAAUGGGAGGGCUUGGUAAAUAAAUAUCUUUUAAUACAUUUUCUUAAAAUGUAUCUUUUAUGUACUGUUAGAUAAAACUUUGUAUAAAAAAUUCCAUAAGAUAAGAUGACUUCUUUAUAUAAAAAAAUAUAUUUGUAUAUAUUCAAAAAUUAAAUAAAGAAAAUGCUUGUUAUAUUA